AUGAAUGAUAACGACGAUGAAGAUGAGGAAGUUCCAUUCGGUGGCCUGUUUGGUCCAGUGGAAAAGAUCUUUGCUGAUUUCGAUAGAUUCUUCGCUGGUUUGCCAUCUGUAUUUUCUAUCCCAUCACAAGAGUUUAGCAACGAAAAUUCUCAGCGGUCGUCUUCGACGAACCUGAGAGACGAAGUUCUCAAACAAGAUAAUGUUCAUGGUGAUGAAAAUCUCGACUCGACGAUCGAACAGCACGGUCUUCAUGGUGCGUUUCCUCCGACCUUUUCGAGUUCAUCGACAAUAACGUCGAUGCAUCGAGAAACAACACCAUCCGGAAAAUGUAUAAUUGAGAAGAAAGUGCAACAGUCAUUCAAUCAAAAUGAAAAGAAUAAAACCGAAACCGUGACGAAGAUUUGUGGAGAUAAGCAUCAUACGACAAUCAAACAAGAUGGAAAUAUUAUUCGAGAAUAUGGAAAUGCCACAUUAGAAGAAUUAAAUCAAAUAGACUGUUCUCCAACUGAUGGUAAUGAGCCAAUAGUUGGUGGAAAUAAAUAUUCAGAUUUGUUUAAAAAGCUGUUCUCUUGA